UCGAAUAUCUUUGAGUUUACGGUCUGAAGGUGCCCUCCAUUGAGCCCAUUGUCGUUGUAACCUGAUAUAUGCACUGUUUAUUCUCGUGAAAAUUCGCCUCGCUGCACACGCGCAAUGAAAUUCUCCAUAGUUUUACCAUCGUGAUCUAAGCAAACUUCACCGUGAAACCGUGCGUGAUGUAUCGAACGAGACAUUCUAUCGAGAUCGAACGAAUCAAAUUAAUCGUAGAGAUAAUCGCGUAAAGUAUUAAUUUUUUUCGAUGGAAGGAUCGAAGGAAACGAAGCGUGGAUCGAGCAAUCGUGAAAAAUUAAGAGAAAAUUGAGAGAAAGAUAAUAGAGAGAGUCUUUUCUCGAAAGUUUUUACCGACCGCGCACAACGUGGCGAGGGUGGCGCCUUCGGCAAGGUCUGCCUAUGAAUCGCAACCCUCGAGAGAGACCAGUGGUGGAGGAUUGACACACGGUGGGGUGGCGAAACGAGAAACUCUCUUUCCGUGAAAGUGUCGGGGUGUAUUGGCGCUGUCAUAUGGAGGCAAACGAGGCGCCGUGUUAGGCACUCUGGCCUGCACGGACGCCUUGCUGUGUGCGUUACGUCGUGAAAAAGUGUUGGAGGAAAAAAAGAAAAAGAAAAAAAAAACGAACUGUGUGUAAACUAAGUUUUAUUUAAUUUGGUGAGUGUCACGGAUGUAUCGGUUGUUAAAAGCGGAAAAGUUGAAAGCGCGAGUGUAAGGAUACAGCGAAUUUAAAAUGGGUCAACCCACCAACCCAGCAACCAAACGUGUCAAUAAGUGUUGAUUGAAUGUGUUAAAAAUGGCGGCCAGCAAACCUCCGGAAAUGAAUUACACGUGCGAAAUUUGCGGUCUAGAAGGUUUCAACGAUGAAGAGAUGAGAUCUCAUAUGGUUUUCUAUCAUCUUCAAGGAGCCGCAAAUUGUCCCUUUUGCGAUUUAGGCGAAAUAUCACCAACAGAGAUGUUGACACAUGUUAAUAGUGCUCAUCUCGAUUACUUAACGCCUAGUACUCCAGAGAGUGAUAUGAUGGCAUUUAUUGAUGAUGAUUCAUUAGUGGAUGAUAGAAGACAUGAUGAAUGUCGUGGUCCAUGUCCUUCUCCAACCAUGUCUCCAAGUCCUCCACUUCUUCAAAAUGGUUGGAGUAGUUCGUUUAGUCCUCGUGCUAAGCAGCAACAAGAGAUAUUAAAAUCAGAGCCACAAAUUGCUAGUUCUAAUAUGAAUAAUAAUAACAAUAACAAUAACAUUGGAAAUGUUAAUAAUGUUAUAGAAGGUGCAGCUGGACAUGGAUCUCCACUGCGUUCAGGCCUAAAUUUACAACUGCGUUCUCAUGCUUCACCAAAACUUCCAGUUCAAGAAUGUCCUAUGUGUCCCUACAGUUCUGACAAUCCAUCAAGGCUAGAAGAGCAUAUCAACAGACAACAUUUUGAUCUUACUUCGCCGUCCUUUCCACCUGAAUCUCCACCAUCUCGUGAUGGUGUUUUUAACUGCCCUUUAUGCAUUACAUCUUUUCCAAAUUCUUCUGAUCUUGAAUUACAUGUUAAUAUAGAGCAUAAAGAUAUAUUAAGUCCUGCAAAUGGUGCAGCUUCCCAAACGGCUCAAGCGACCAUUGGUAGUGAUACACCUGCAUGUCCAGUUUGCUUUAGUACUUCGUUUAAAAGCAAUGAUGAAUUGACUGCACAUAUUGAAGAACAUUUCAGUAAAAAAUGCACUCCAUCCCCUAUAACGCCAGAUUUAUCUACUGAUAGAAUGUUAGCAAAAGAUAUGGAAAGACUUGAAAAGGAGCUCAGAAAAUUACGCGAACAACGUGAAUUUGAAUUGUUAAGAGCUCAAUAUGGGAUGGAUAAUCAAGGAAAUUUUAGGGAACAAAGUGUUACCAAUAUGCAGCGGGCUGUAUAUUCAGGAGAAAUGACAAUUGCUGAUUAUUAUGAAAGACAAACUGAACUCAGAGUAGCUGAAAGCAGCGGUAUCGAUGAUGGCAGCUCCUGUACACGUGGAUUAGUUCCCAAAAUACGAGCUGUCAGUCAAGCAUGUAGUAAUGUAUUAAGCACCUGGAUGUGUUCUACUGUAGACCAUUAUGCUACUACUUAUGGAGACAAAGGAUGGGGAUGUGGUUACAGAAAUUUGCAAAUGUUAAUUUCAUCACUUUUACAACAUACAGGGUAUAAUGAGUUAGUUUAUAAAGCAUGGAAUUCUGGUUUGGAUAGUGGUAGUUCUACCAAGAAUCCAUUACGAAGUUCAAUACCGUCGAUCUCUAGACUUCAGAAAAUGAUAGAGUGGGCAUGGGCUCAAGGUUUUGAUACCCAAGGAGCAGAACAAUUGGGAGGAAAAUUGGUGAAUACUAGAAAAUGGAUUGGUCCUACAGAAGUAGUCAUAUUAUUAUCUAGUUUGAGAAUAAAAUGUCAGUUAAUAGAUUUUUAUACACCAACUAAUUCAGAUGGUGGACAUCCUGAAAUGUUUAAUUGGGUUUUACAAUACUUCCAACGUUGCGAUGAUUUUAAGCCACCUCUUUAUUUACAGCAUCAAGGUCAUAGUAGAACAAUAAUAGGAGUAGAACAAUUAAGAGAUGGUUCAAUAACAAUGUUAGUACUCGAUCCAAGCCAUAGCCCAGCACAAAUGGCACAAUUUAACAAUACAAGUAGUGCACUCGGUGCAAUGCGUUUGGUGCGAAAAUCGAUUGCAGCGAUGAAAGCAAGACAGUAUCAAGUUGUUGCUGUUACUGGUAUCAUGGAAACUGAUUUAGAAUAUCAUGAAAGCAAAGUGUUACGUUUAAUUCGUGUACCACAAGAUAGGUGAGAUUUACUGGCUCGAAAAGAAGUUAAAUCUUUUGGAAAGACGAUAGACUGCCUGAAACCAAUUUUGUCCGGUAUCCUUAAAGUUACAUGACCGCAAUGUUCUAGGUUUUAUUAAUAGGGGAUUUGCUCCAUCAUAGUAGUUGCAAAAAUAUUAUUUAACAAUAUAUUCUUGCAUAUUUUCGCCGUCGUAUGUCGGUUUCUCAAAUCACGUGUAUUUAAGCCUGCGUCGCGGUUCAGAAUUUUGGAGUUAAAAUUGAUGAACUUAUAAAAAUUACAAUUAAAAAAAAAAAAAAUCUAUAUAUCGCGAAAAUUAAUUUUUUUUAUCAGCAUUAAAAAUAUUGUACUUUGAUGUGUGCUUGAGAAAGAAAGUUAUAAUCAGGAUGUAUUUUAAAGAUAAAAUCGAUUCGAUUGAAAUUUUUUGGUCUAAAUAAUGUUCUGCUCAAUUUUCGUCGCACCGAACAGGUUGUGCUAAUUUUUAAUCGAUCAAUCGACUUAUGCCGAUCGGUUGC